CGCCAAUAAAUUCCGGCAGAAGAAGAACUCGCGUCGCAUAUUGUUUUGGGCUCCAAUCUGAAUUCUAUGGCUAUGGCAACCUGCGCUGUUAGUUGAAGUUUACGCUUUUUCAAAAUCAGGAUAAUGUGGAGGUUAAGUAGAGUCGGCCAUAAAGCUGGCCGAGCAGGCUACAGCCUAGAGGAGUUCCGAGUAAAGAGACAAGAGCACGAAAAAACCCUCCGUCAGGCCCGCCGAGACCGACAAUUGGUAAGCAAGAGACUCCUGGUAAAUGAAGAUGAGGACCAGCAAGUACACAUCAUGCACACUUGUUCAGAUAAGAAUGAUGUUAUCAGUCUGUUCCACAAACUUCAACACAGUGGUCCUGAGAGGGAGGCUCACCUUAAAACCUUGAGUAAAUCUCUCCGUGACCUCUCAGCUCAGCUUCUCUUCAUCAAGCAAGAGAACAGUAUCCACAUGCUGGUGGGCCUCCUCACUGGCCCCAACACUCAGUGUCGCCUGCAGUCUGUCCGCUGUCUCCACGAGCUGUCUCACUCACCUCACCCCAGCGUGGGCCCAGCCUGUCUGCCUGCCACGCCCUACCUCCUCACUUAUUUGUCUGGACAAAGCAUCAAGUUCACCGAGUUAUGUCUCUACACGCUUGGGAACUUGUGUCCGGACAGUGAUGUUGUCAGAGAGAAACUUCUGGCUCAGGGAAUUAUACCAGCACUUGCCAGCUGUAUAGAGAAGCAGAAGCAUAACACGGCAGUGGUGGAAGCUAUCGGCUACACCCUUUCACAGCUUCUACAAACCAAAGAUGCAUCUGAGAAAAUAAUCCCGUUGGUUCUGGCCUCUAGUUUACCUUCACACCUUUUAGCAUGCCUGACACCCGACCAGAAUUUUUCUCUGGGCCCUGCUAUUGAGUGUGCAUGGUGUCUGCACUACCUCACGUCCAGCGGGGAGGAUAACCAUGCUUUGUUGGCUUGCGGGGCGCUGUUGCGGUGCAGUACAUUGUUAGCGUCAUUGGGUGGCGCUGUUGCUCAAGGAAACAAAGAAGAGGGCGUUGAACUGCUCGUCUGUCCUCUACUGAGGUCCGUAGGGAACCUCCUGUCCUACUGCACGCCAGAUGUGGCAGAGGCUUGUUUGAGUGACGUUGAGCUUGCGGGUUCUCUCUGUGCUCUGCUUCAGGCUUACGUCCAGACUCGGCCCUCUUUGGCCAGAGAGAGUGCCUGGGUCCUCAAUAAUCUCACAGCUCAAUCCAGUCUGUUUUGUUCGGACUUGAUGACGCUCAACUUGGGGCCGAUUCUGAUUCAACUUCUAUUCUCUCAAGGCAUUACCACAAUGAUCCUGAGAGUUUUGGCAAACGUGGCCCACAAGAAGAAGGAGUUCUGCCUCCAGUUAGCUGAUCACGGAUUGCUGUCUUCCCUCUCUGCCACACUUAAAAUGGCAGAACGAGAGACUGUGACCCUGAGUCUCGACAUCCUUUUCAUGCUAUUAACUAGUGGUUCUCAAGUGGUUGAGGACUUUGAGAGGCAAGGUGGCAAUUCACUUCUAGAAACUUUUCAAUAUUGCAGUGAAGGUGAUGUGAGGCGGAAGGCAGCAUAUCUCCUGGAGCGCCAUCUACUGUCUUCCUCUGCACAGUGCAUGGGCAGCUGCAUCCCUUCGUCUUGACAGCAAGUCGGAUUGGGAAUGCAACAUUAAGUACAAAACCAGCAAAGACCCAUUUAAGAAAGGAAAAGGUGAAUGAAUGAGGAGGUAACCUGUGGAAAGCCAGGCAGGCACAGGGAGAACAUUCAAACUCCACACAGGAAGGCUGGAGCCGGAAUCAAACCCCGCAUCUCUGAACUGUGAGGCGGGCGUGCCAACCAGUGCACCACUCUGCCACCCUGGCUAACCUAUGUUGUUGUUUUUUAAAGGUGUAAUUUAUAGUCUCCAAAAUGCUCAAUUAAAAAAAAAAAAAAGAGAUAGUAUGCAUUUGUUAUUAUAUCAUCUGUACCUGUAAAAAAAUUUAUUAAAGCAAAUUCAUCAAUGGUGAUGAACAAGCUUUGUUUUUAAAAUGUAUUUUGCUGCUUUAAAAUAAAUCUGUUGCUGAGUACAACCUCUACAAAAAUAAUUUCAGUUAUUGACCUCAUCAAUCCAUAAGAAAUGGUGCUAUUUUCUAUACUGAACAUUGAAAACAAGUUAGAUAUCGACACUGAUGCACUUACUAACUUGCGGCAAAAACAAACUAACAUCCGUACAGCAUUUGACACACUUUCCAUGUGAAUACACAUACUGCGACAUCCCAAGUGCUUAGCUCCUCCUCUUGGCAGUGUCACAUUUCUUUCACUUCCCUCCCCACCCACAGCAUAACUUCUCCUUGUGAAAAACUAAAGCGAGCCAUGGAUUGCAGCGUGCCAACAAACAAUGCCACAGAGAUCACAAGUGGCCAGGGGGAGAAUCGGCGGCAUGAAGCCAAGGUGCUGAUGGCCAGCAAACCUCUGCAUCGCUUUGUCCAAAGAGAGCCUCAAAGUCUUGGGAUUGUCAUCGUGAUCUGUGGAUGUGCUGAAGUCAUCAUGGGAUUCAUCUUGAUCAGUGAAACUGUGGACAAUUCCACCAACAUUUUAAUUCCUUUCUGGCAGGGAGCUCUGUUCCUUGUCUGUGGAAGCUUGUCUAUCUACACUGGAGCAUGUCCGUCAAAAAGGAUGGUGACAGUUUGUUUGGCCAUGUAUAUAGUUGCAAUCCUGGGAAUUAUUCUCUCUGUGGGAUUCAGAGUAGUCUAUAUUUCCCAAUUUCACUAUCACACUUACCGUGCACUGCCAACAGAGGAGCAAGAGCAAGAGUGGCAAUACAGCAGAAUGAUACAACUGUAUGGUAUUGAAGGCAUUUUGUGCACAUGCUCUCUCUGCGUAUCAGUGCUGCUCAUCUUCUUGUCGGUCGUUGCACGCUUGGCUUUGAAAUCCACAAACACGAAGGUCCUUUUCCAGAAAAUUCCAACACCACGGAGUGAUACAACAGCCCAAUAAUGAGAAUGGAUUUGGUCAUUUUUGUGUCAAUGCUCCACACGUGCACACAAAGUUCCAUAACUAUAUCAGUUCAAGCUAAUGUAACUUAAAACCACCAGUUAUUAGAAAUUACAUUAUUGUGUUUCUUUAAGCGAUCCAAUUUUAAUGUCACCUAGCUUGCAUACCAACACGACAGUAUUACCAUGUUUGUCCAUCAAAAAAAAAA